AUGGGGGAGGCUCCGCAGACGACCCAAAUAUCUGCACAUCCCUCCACUUUCCUCGAGAAUGUCAGGGAGUGUGUUGAAAGUCUAAGAUCGAUCCAGUUUGAUAGAGUUCCAUACUCUUACAGUUGUGCUUUGAUAUGUGCAUUCAGAAUUGGAAAAUAUGAAGCUCUGAAAUCAGAGUUUGACAAGGAUAGAGCAGCAAUUUAUGCAUAUAAAGUUAAUUCUCCACAGAUAUACAAUAUUGUAAAUGGUGAUGAAGCAGAUGAAGAUAGUCCUGAACCAGAUGGAGUUAAUAGUGACUCUGAAGAGGAAGCAACAUUUGUCAAUGAGAAAGGGGUCCCUAACUUCUGGCUCUAUGCAUUGCAAAAUAAUGAUGAGAUUUGUUAUCGUGAUGAACAAGCUCUCGAGUAUCUGAAAGACAUCAGGUGGUCUCCCAUAGAUUACUACAAAGGCUUCAAACUUGAGUUCUUGUUUAAAACCAAUCCUUUCUUUGCAAACUCUGUCUUGACCAAGACAUAUUUCAUGGGUGAUGAGGAUAGAUCCAUUGUGAAAGAUAUUACCGGAUGCCCAAGGAAGAAAGCAAAUUCGAGAUCAAAGUAUGCCAAGGCAAUCGAUACAACUGAAGCUUGUGACAGUUUCUUCAAAUUUUUCAAUGCACUUGAAGUAGAUGAUGUCAAUUUAUUCGGAAUCAAAUUAUCCCCCAUGCUGUUUCAUGGUUUACCGGGGAGGCUGUUGAGAGAGAUGAGUCGUUAG